AUGGCACGCCUGCACUGCCCGUCUCGACCAAUAGAUACCGAUGAUCUGAUUCGCCGACUGAAGAACCCGGAACGGGAUGCAAAGGAGUAUAAGGCGCUGCAAACUUUGGUGCAGGAGAUGAUUGAAGCUUUUCAAAAUGAGAAGAGGGCGACCUAUCUAGUCGAAGCUGCGCAGCUGGCCAGCGUUACAGAAGAAGAACAAUACAAGCUACUGAUGUUGGCUUUCUCGAACGCGAUCAUACAUAAUACUUCGGAUAACAACGUGCUUGAUACCGCUCUUCUGCAAGCCUUUGUCCUUGCGCUCCAGAGUAAGGGUGUUCUUUCGGCGGAAAGUCAUAACCUGGGAGCGACCCUGAAUAGCUUAUACAAGCGCCUGGAUUUCGCUCCGAAGGCAGCAGAAAUAGAGAAAGUGUACCACCUUAUCUGUACGUUGGGAGUCGUGCUCGAUGCCAUGGUUGAUAUUCAAGUUACUGGGCUCGACAGGGAAUGGCUGCACAAAUCGCUGCUAGACCUGCUCCGCAAACUGCGAGAGAAUCCAGAGCCACGCCUAGCACAGGCUGCGAGUUAUGCCUACGAGGCAUUGCGAGGGGUGCCGGAUAAUGAUGGUCCAUGGCAGGCGCUUGGGAGGAAUGCUGGGGCUGUGAUUUCGGUGCUAGCGACCGUGGGUGGUGGUGUUUCGAAGCUAGACCCAGCCAGCCUGAUCGACGCGGCUCCAGCUGUCAUGGAGCUACUGAGUGCCUUCAAGACCUUGGUUGAAAACGGUAAGCAACUCCGUCAAGAGUCCCAAAGCUUGAAGAAUGCGUUCACUGACACUAUCAAUGGUAUGCAGAAGCCACGGCAAUGGUACGGUGCUCUUCGCUAUUGUCGGUUGCUUUCUGAGGCAGGGGCAUUUGAACUUCUAAAGCAGAUACUGCCUGAGCUUCCUGUUGAUAAAGAGCCCUUCUGGUGCGGGCUGUACUCACAGCUCGAACAGACAUGGGUUGCAAACGACGGAUUGAAAUCCAAGAUCGAGGAGUUCGUCGAAUGGAUGCAUUGCCAAGAGUCGUUGAAGACUGCCUUCAAAGCGCUCCCUCAGAUCGCGCAAUGGAGGAACUUUCUCGCUGAGACCAUGAAAAGGCCUGACUGGAAACUGUCCCUAUCAAUGUCUUAUCGGCGCCAUUUCUAUGAGUUUUGGAAGAAAAGACAAUGCAAGCCAAAACUCAAUCUCUUUUGCCAUCAGUCAAACAUACCGCAGAGCUUCACACGUGAGCUUUAUCCAGCAGCAUGGCAGCGAUGCCACCAAGCUCAUGAUUACUAUGCAGACUCUCGACUGGUUCAGUAUUACACUGAACAAGAUCGUUUACAGAUCCGGCGAAUAUCCGGAGACUUCCUGAGUUUGGAAAAUUGCUACAUCAACCUAAGCACAGUAGAGCGGUCAACUGAACUCGGCAAAUGUUGCGAGGGCUUGGAAACUUCCUUGAGCGCAAGACUGAAAGUCGAAACACCAGAUCCAAUAAAAGAGCUCAAACUUCCUGACCUAUUUAAACAGCGUGGUGGACAGGAUGGUACCGAGAGGCGGUCUCGAAGGAUUCUGAUCCGGGGUCGUGCAGGAGUGGGAAAGACAACCCUGUGCAAGAAAAUCAUCUAUGAAUUCUGCAACGGUAGUAUCUGGUCUGCGCACUUUGAUAGAAUCAUUUGGAUCCCACUUCGAAAGUUGAAGGCGAGUUCCACACUGCAGACGUUCAUGGAAAAUGAGUUCUCUGCCGCCGUCGAAGAUAAGACACUUCUUGCGAGUGGUUUAUGGAGACUAGUCUUUGGAGGCAACAACAAACGUACACUCUUCCUUCUGGAUGGGUUUGAUGAAGUCGCAGCAGAGAUGAACCCAGGGGGAAGAUUGGUCGAGGAUUUUCAAGACCUGUUCAAGCAGGCAAAUACCAUUAUCACGUCACGCCCUUAUGCAGCCCUAGUAUAUGUCGCUGGCUGUGACUUGGAACUGGAGACGAUUGGAUUUAGCCCGCAGCAAGCCAUCGAAACGAAAUUGUGGAGAAAGGACAUGGUUUCGCUGGGGAAGAAGGACCAAAUGGGGCCGCUAGACGAAAGCCGAGCUAGGACAUAUCGUUUGCGAAAACCCUUUCAGAGGGAUGCAUUUUUCCAAUGGUUCCCUCACUGGAACGACAGCAUGCUGGGUAGGCUUUCCUUUCUCCGAAGUCCGGAUCCAUCUUCUGCUCAUUACUUCACUCACCUGAUAUUCCAGGAGUUCUUCGCGGCCGCAUAUUUCGUUCAAUAUUGGAUCGAGGGCAAACCUCUUUUCAUCGUUGAAUUUGACCGAGUUUGCCGCAAAGAGCUCGCACCCAUGGAGCUCAUUCAAAACGAAAAGUACAACAUGCGCUAUAACGUUAUGUGGCGAUUUGUCUCCGGUCUCCUGUCAGCCCAAGCAAACCUGAGCAAACUCAUCGAUUUUUUGCGGGCUCUCGACUCAGAGCCCCGGGAUCUACUUGGACCGAGACAGCUUACACUUAUGAUGCAUUGUUUUCAUGAGAUUCCUGUUCAGAUGUCUGACUCGAAAGUAAAUAGAAUUCGAUCAAACUUGGAGAACCACGUAUCUCGACUUCUGUGUGGCACAGGAAUGAUGCAAGACGACAAUAAAUGGUUUCCAGUUUUGUUUGAGGCCGAGCUUCCAGAGCACCUCUUAGAACAAGCACUGCAAAGAACGCCCGUGGAACUUCGAAGCAAUUUCCUGAGAAUAAUAGCAAACCGGGACAGGAUUUCCUGCGGCCUAUUGAAAAUCAUCUCGACGAUAGUAGAUGAUGCCACAGAAUUACAUCAGUGGGGACCAGCUUGUGAUAUACUAGCAGAGCAUGCAGAAUCAGCGCGUGGAGAUGUCUUGAAGAUCAUAAGAGGCCAAGAGCCCGUGAAGCGGCGGCGCUUUCUUGUUGAGCUCACUCGGUGCCCUCCGAGCUCACCAGGUGAUAUCAUACUUGCGUUGCUAGAGCAUGAAGAGGAUUGCGACGGGGACUAUCUAUCCAAUGUUUUUCGCGACCUACUGGUGGACCAGAAUCCAAACGUCAUAUAUAUUGUAUCCUACGGUUUACGGCAACAAUUGCCACUCACAGUUGAAGACUGGGAUUCCGUGUUGAAUCUAUUAAACGCUGAGAAUCCAGCUGUUCGCCAGAGUACUGCAGAGUCAAUUGGGUAUCAGUCUGAUUUGCCACCACCAAUCGUCCAAGGGUUGGCUUCUGUUCUCGCAAAUGACGUGGAUGAAGAAGAGACUCUAACGUGCAUCGAGACAUGCAUCCAGCACGAAAAGUCCACUGCCAGGAAACAUUUUGUUGAGGUGUUUUGCCGACAUGCGCCUAUGUCGACAAAGAUGAGGAACCAUCUCGAAUGUAUUGUGCAAAACCCCGGAAGUGGCGACUUUGUCGACGAUGCAAGAGCACUAUCCAAGUACUCAAACUACACGAUGGACCUUCUCAAUGAAUUGGAAUUCGUCCCAAAACAGACCAAAUUAGUACUACCUCGCCAUGCUGUCUUCUGCCUCGAAGGCGUCACAACUCUUCCAGAAAGUGUUCUUGCAGAGCUUAUAAUCUACCUCGAAGAAAAUGAUAAAGAGGUGGCACAAAGUGCAGCAAACUGUAUUGAAGCACAAAGAACACUUCCGUCAGGAAUAGUUCAGGCUCUCAUCCUCCUCCUGCACUACGAACGAGCGGAAACGAGAGCAGAGGUAGUCUCCGCUUUGCAGAGCAACGUGAAGGUCGACAAAGGAAGCUUCAACGCUAUUGUACCCCUUCUACAAGACAAAUCGAUCAAAGUACGACGGUACACAGUCAAGGCGCUAGGAGAAAGCAUGUAUAUGUCUGAGAGUGUCGUGAGCAAGCUUACCCUGAUCCUGGAUUUUCCCGAGGAUUGGGACCUAUCCAACGCAGUAUAUGAGGUCUUGCUCCAGAAUCCCAAACUGCCCGUUGAUGUCCUUCAAGCACUUGUCCGGCACCUUAGCCAUCGCCAUGUUCGAAAGAACCGAAUCCUGCGGGCGCAAGUAACGUUACCGGCAACCAUCGUAGAGUCGCUUGUGAAUCUUCUGGCGCCGUCCCGGGGAACCAUGAGUUUUUGGUCGUGGAUGGUACUGAGUCACCGAGAGAAGUUUUUCUCCAUGCUUCCAGAUCUCUCAGAAGAGCGUAUGCUGGCGUUUCUUAGCGAGUGGAUAAGCAUUGAUCUCCAUGGUGGUAUCCGUUGCUGCUACUUUUGA